AUGGCCGGCAAGAUUUGGAAGGAGUAUGUGCAUAGGCACCUUCAGCAGCUCGAGGCUUCGAGUGAGGAUACGGGAACCUCAGCUGUUUCUAGUGAUACCGGGGAUACACCUGCUCUUAUAGAGUCGGAACCUUUGACUUGGUGCCGCAGUGUUGAACGUUGCCUGGCGUAUACGUUUGAAUCUUAUUGUAAGCUUCUGAUCACAACGGCCGUGCACCGGACCCAAGCUGCAAACAAAACUGUGUUGACAGCAUCAGAGAUCAGGGACUCGAUAAAUACGGUGUUUAAACUACCGGGAGAUAUCGACUCGGCACCAGCUAAGGAUCCCAAUCAUGAUUUGGAGCGCUGCUUGAGCCUUUACCGCGGCUACCUUGCAUGGUAUAGCAGGCUGGGACAUCGAAUUUACAAAGCUAACCGUCGCCGUAGACUCAAUUUGAGUUGUGAGCGAAUGAUGUGGCGUAUGUUUGCCACACCUCAUUCGCGUAAUGGUGAACACGGUGGUACGGAAGCUCCCACUGCGGACGAUUUAGAGAAAUAUGCAUACGCACCUCCAACACACAAGACUUUGGAAGUACCAUUAAACCAAGUUUUCGGUAUUUGA